AGGGGAGACGGGAGCUCACCUGCCUGCUACGCACAACGGCUCGGUCCCACUCCUCCCUGCCUGCACGGGGGCUCUGCGGCCUGGAUCUGGACUGCAGCAUGCGGCUGCUUUUCAAGGCAGUGGUUCUGUGCCUGACGCUGGGCUUGAGGCAAUGCACCGAGGAAACGACACAGGAGAACACAGUCCACCGAGCUCCCCAAGCAGAGUCAUCCUAUUCAGACUGGGGCAUCGAAACCAUCCGGGACAGCUUCGAAACGGUCAACAGCUACUUCGACUCCUUCUUGGAGCUGCUUGGGGGAAAAAACGGCGUUUGUCAGUACAGAUGUCGAUAUGGGAAAGCUCCGAUGCCGCGACCUCACUACAAACCCCAAGAACCCAAUGGCUGUAGCUCCUAUUUUCUGGGGCUCAAGGUACCUGAAAGUCUAGAUUUGGGCAUCCCUGCCAUGACCAAGUGCUGUAACCAGCUGGAUAUUUGUUACGACACCUGCGGGGCCAACAAAUACCGCUGCGACGCCAAGUUCCGCUGGUGCCUCCACUCCAUCUGCUCCGACCUCAAGCGCAGCCUCGGGUUUGUCUCCAAGGUGGAAGCUUGCGAAUCUAUCGCAGACACCGUGUUCAAUGCCGUCUGGACCCUCGGCUGCCGGCCCUUCAUGAACAGCCAAAGGAGCGCCUGCAUUUGCAACGAGGAAGAGCGAGAUGAAUUGUGAGGAAGAGCAGACACCCGGACUGCACGAGCCUGCUGCCAAGCGUCCCCUCUCUGACACUGCACCUCAGCACAGCAAUUUCUCUCAGGCCUCGCACGGCACGGGGGACUCAGGCCAAGCAAUACACAUCAACUACAGCUUUUGGGCAGAGGGGAGCGAAACGGGAGACAGCCUGUGGCUAUAAGAGCAGUGGUGCCUGCUGUCCACCACAGAUGCAGUUCAACAGCCCUACCCCUUUCCAAGUCCAUCGGCCCGUAUGAUCCGAUGCCAAUUUUCUCUACAGCCUGAUCAGGAGAGAGAGACAAGAUGUAGUGAUGGUUAUAAACAAGGGGCUUCACUUGUUUAUUUGCCUUAGACACACACGUAUUAGCUCCCCCAGCCCCUUAACUCCUUAAUUUGCAGGGCAAGGCAUUAGGUUUCUGCAACCCCUGAAAAUCCCAGUGCAUGGACACAUUAUUUACAUUUUUCUACCACUGGUGACAGACUGAAGAAGAGGGGUAAUUUACUUUGAGUAUAUUGCUCACACCCAUCCCUGGCGUUCUCCAGCCUAUCAUUAUAUACCCUGAGACAACUGCUCAUUCAAACACUUGUUGGAUCCCCAAAACGAUUUAAAACAUCCAGGGUUUCGGUAAGCACGAGAAGGACUUUAAGUGUGUUUGAUACAGGCGCAACUCCUCGAAUCUGGGCAGAAGAGAACCAAAGCCCAUUGUGCUUGAGAUGUGAAAUCCCAGCACUCUCCCAUAGUCUCAGGAGACAAAGCCACUUUUCUUUGGCAGCGCCACCCAGACCUAUUGAAUUAUUUUCCUCCUAUAUCAUUUAACAAAGGAUCCCUUUUUAUACAAAAUGGCUGGGUAUUCCCCUCCAGCUUUUGCACAAGAGAAACAAGAGGCUCGUGGUUGCUUUGGAUGAGAUAUGUAAAAUCCUGGAGGCUUAUCUGUCAGGCGGGUUAGGGCUUAGAUGGUACCUCAGCGGGACAGAGAUGCUGCCAGCUGAGGAGUCAUCAGCAGUCUGAGACGAGCAUCCUUUCCAAAACGCAGUUAAUACUUCCAUCUGCUAUGGGGAGCUUUUAUCGCAUGCAAAAUUAGGGUUUAAAGUGGUCUGUGGAAUUUCAUCUCCAUAGAACGUUUGCAGACAGCUCUCAUUUGCGUUUCUUGUUGAAAGGAAGUUGCUGCUGGGUGCGUGUGUGAUGCCACAUAAAUACUUCAGCAUCUUCUGCAAACAUAUUUAUGGUUAUGUUCUUCCAUCUGCCACAGAAAAGCUGAGGCUACAGAAGGGUGAUUUCACAAGAAAGGAAAGAGUUCAUCUUAGUUAUUUUUCUCCUAGUUUGUGUUUAAAUGUAUGCACGGAGCUAUAAAUUAUUCAAGCCCCGUAUUCCUGUUCUUGCCAGUCAUCUUUGCUUUACAGUGAGCAGCAAUGAGACAUUCAUCUGGCCCCAAACAGCCUGAAACACCAAGACCCCACCGGUAUUAAGACCAGGAAAACGUAAGUGACCACAUGAUGGGUGCUGGGCUAUUUUCCAUUAAGGAAGACUUUAAUUUACACUGAUCAGACAUGAUAACGUCCUUUCCUCGCCGUGCUAAUUCACUGGAGAGUGAAUACCGCAUUGCCAGGGUUCACUGCAGUGUGUGUCGAUCAGAGCAUGAGGCUGCACAAUCUGAUCACCCAUCUAAGAUAUGUUUGGCUAGGAAUGGGAAGGAAGCAUUUCUUGCUCCAGAUACUUCCCAAAUUUUGUAUUUUGUUGGUGAAAUGCUGCCUGUUGACAGUUCUAAAUGUGAGCAUACUCUUAUGAUUAAAUGACAAAACUUAAAAACAACGACAACAACAA